CUAGAACAAUUAGGUCUUUGACCUUUAAUUGAGGUCGGAAGAUGUAAUAUGGUCAUUUUAACCCCAAAACAUUCGCCAUAUCUCAAAAUAGAUGGCAAACAUUAACUGAUAGAUGAUAAACACCGCCCUGACACCUUAGUUUAGUUAAUAUAAAUUCCGAAAAAUAGUUCAUUUUGUUCAGCUUUUAUCCAACUUUUCAACUUUCUUGUUGGUGAAAAAUUGAUCACUUUAUAAUUUAUCAAUUUUUGAACACUCUUCUCAAAAAAUACAGGUCGAUUUUAGUCAGAAAUGAGUUUUUUAAUGCAAAAUUUGAGCUUCGCUUUUCUGAUUUUGUCUUCAACUUAUCUUUUUCAAGUAGUGAUUUCGAAGCAUGUUGCUCCGUCCCUCAUAACCAAAACCGAGUUCGGGGUAUCUUUGAGCGAACAAGCAUUGAAAGCGUCCAAAUCCCUUUCGGUGUCGAGUCACAAUAAAAACCACAAACAUCAUCAUGGCGGCCACAAAGGUAGCGAUGACUUUGACUACUAUGUGUUCACACAAUUGUGGCCAGUGUCCAAUUGUGACACAGCCUCAUCCAGUGACAAGUGUGAGAUCCCGGACAACGUCACUGGCUGGCUAAUUCAUGGACUAUGGCCCAGCAACUUUGACGGAUCAUGGCCUUCCUACUGUGAUGAUGGCUACAAAUUCAACGAUGAGGAGAUUAGCUCUAUAUGGGGUCUUCUGGCGACUUACUGGACCAAUCUGUACAUGGACGAAACUGUGGACUCUUUCUGGGAGCACGAGUGGGACAAGCAUGGCACAUGUGCCUAUGAGGCCAAACAAGUCUCCUCCGAGUUCGACUAUUUCAACAGCACCCUUCAACUACACUGGACAUACCCUCUCGGCGAUUGGCUGAAAGACGAAGGCAUAUUCGCCAAUAACACCAAAGUUCAAAAUGCAGUCAACUUGCAAAAAAUAAUCUCAGGCAAACUUGGCAGCGAAGCCAUCCUUCAGUGCAUUUACGACGAGGACACGAAGCUACAUCUGAUAAACCAAGUAGAGAUCUGCCUGGACUUGAACCUGCAACCUAUUGACUGUGACAAAGGAGACGUCAUUGAAAACUGUCCGAGUGAUGGGGACUUGGUGUACCCUGCGUCCGUCACAAAAGAAUCCAAGAAAAAUCGUAGUUAAGGAAGGUUGUUAAUCAGAUGUUAUUAGAAAUCUGGAUAUUGUUCACUCAAUUUGACGACGACUGAUGUAAUGUGUAGUGUUUCAAGAACCUAAAUUUGAUAGAAAAGUAUAUACCAUGUAUAUCAAUUUAUUUUUGCUUAAUUGAUCUCAAGCUUAAUUGUCAAUCAUAGAA